GUUCAUUUUUAAUUUAACUAAAAUGUCUUAUAAUGAAUUUCCUCUACAACUCAUCGACUACAUAAUUUUUAUAACAACACUAGCGGUUAGUACUUUAAUUGGGCUUUAUUUCGGAUGUCUAGGAAAUAGGCAAUCGACCGUCAAAGAAUAUCUCCUAGGGGGAAAAAGAAUGAGGGUUAUUCCAAUUGCGGUAUCAGUUGCUGUGAGCCAUUUCUCGGGUACCGCUCUCGUAGGAGUACCAGCAGAUGUUUACAGAUACGGAACGAGUAUUUGGUUAUUUGUUUGUGCAUUUGUGGUGAUGGGUGUCGUAGCCGUCUUCGUUUACCUUCCAGUUUUCUUUAAACUACAACUAACCAGUACCUACGAAUAUUUGGAAAAACGGUUUGACCAAAAAACAAAAAUAUUGGGCUUAGUGUUUUAUAUCCUGGCUGACAUUCUCAUGUUUCCGAUUCUUAUAUACGCUCCAUCUUUAACUUUCGCAACUAUGAGCGGUUUUAACGUCCAGGGUACAGCAGUGGUACUAUGUGCUAUAUGCAUCUUCUACACUUCUCUAGGAGGUCUCAAAACUGUAGUCUGGACCGAUUUUCUUCAGUUCUUCAUAAUAAUGACAUCGCUUGCUGUUAUUUAUAUCACUGGUCUUAACCAGUCAGGAGGGUUCAUACAAGUUUGGAACACAGCUUACACUGGCGAGCGACUACAAACUUUCAAUUUUGGCUUCGAUUUUACAUCCAGGGACAACUUCUGGGCCUACAGUUUAGGUUGUGGAGCGACUUUUACUGCAACCGUAGUCGUUCACCAAACCGGCGUCCAAAAAUUUCUAGCACUCCCGAAAUACAGCGACUUUGUUUGGACAGUCGUUUAUGUCAUAAUUAGCUUCAGCUGCGUCCACACUUUCUGUGUACUCAUCGGUCUGGAAACCUACGCACUAUACAAAGACUGUGAUCCCCUUUCUAGUAAACAAAUCCAAAAACAUGAGCAGCUAGUACCUUUCAGUCUAACGGUACUAACGGCAAAUCUUCCAGGUGUUUCUGGGUUGCUUGUAGCAGCAAUAUGUAGUGCUUCUUUGAGUACCAUGUCGUCAAACCUGAACGCGCUGGCUGCUGUUAUCUACAAAGAAGUUGUUUGCUUGUUCUUGAAAGAAGAGCAGUCAGAAGCACGGGCUACCUUUAUUUUAAAAAUAAUUGUAGUACUGGUGGGAAUUUUGGGUACUUGUUUGAUUUUUGUUGUGGAACGACUAGGCGAAAUAAUUUCUAUUAUGUCGUUGGUUUUUGGGAUAGCGCAAGGACCUUUACUCGGGUUAUUUACACUCGGAAUGGUAGUCCCACGUGCCAAUUCCAAGGGUGCUUUCUUUGGUACUAUCGGUGGUUUUGUGUCUAUACUGUGUCUAGCGGUUCCUUCCAAAUACUACCAGAUGAAAGGUCUGAUUAAAAGUCCUACGAAACCGCUUUCUACUAGUGGCUGCAGUUACAACCAAGCACUUUGGAGCAAUGUCAGUUCGAUAAGUCAAGCGAUUCCAGUCGAACCACAUGUCAUUUUCAAGACAUCGUUCUUCUUUUAUUCGUUAUUUGGGGCGAUUAUGACGGUUAUUUUUGGUCUGGUGAUCAGUUACGUCACCACGGCUGAUCCUCCAGUGGACGAAAAUCUUCUAAGUCCGGUUUGUCGGUUUAGAAAAUUGGAACGAGAGGCAGAAGGGACGUAUUUGAGCGUCGAAGAAGCUUUGCAAACUUUGGAGAAAUAGAUCUGGGGAGUUUUAUUUUUGGGAAAUUUUGACUUUUUUUUCAAUAUGAUUUGUUUACCAA